UUGCAGGUUGAAAGGAUUGUAGACAAGAGGAAGAACAAGAAAGGAAAAUGGGAGUAUCUUAUCCGGUGGAAAGGCUACGGGAGCACAGAGGACACGUGGGAGCCGGAGCACCACCUCUUGCAUUGUGAGGAGUUUAUCGAUGAGUUCAACGGGCUGCACGUAUCCAAAGAUAAGAGGAUCAAGUCGGGGAAGCAGCCCAGUGCCUCCAAGCUCCUGCGUGAUGGCCGUGGCCCACCAGUUGAGAAACUGUCCCACAGACCUUCGGAAUCUGGAAAGAGCAAGGCCACCUCCCAUAAACGGAAGCGAAUCAACCCUCCCCUCUCCAAGCUGAAAAAAGGGUAUUCAGGCAAGCCCCCCGCGGGAGGUGACCGGGCCGCCAAGACGGUGUCCUACCGGACUACCCCCAGCGGUUUGCAAAUCAUCCCCCUCAAAAAGGCCCAGAACGGGGUGGAAAACGGGGAUGCCAGCUCUGAGAAGGACGAGAGGCACUUUGGAAACGGGUCCCACCAGCCUGGUUUGGAUUUGAAUGACCAUGUCGGAGAGCAGGAUGUGGCCGAAUGUGAUGUGAACCAUGCUGCGCUGGCAGAGAACGGGCUCGGCUCUGCCCUGACCAACGGGGGACUGAACCUGCACAGCUCUGUGAAGCGGAAGCUGGAAGCAGAGAAGGAUUAUGUCUUUGACAAGAGGCUCAGGUACAGUGUCCGCCAGAACGAAAGCAACUGUCGGUUUCGAGACAUCGUCGUGCGGAAGGAAGAGGGGUUCACGCACAUCCUGCUGUCCAGUCAGACCUCGGAUAACAACGCGCUGACCCCCGAGAUCAUGAAAGAAGUCCGCCGAGCACUUUGCAAUGCAGCCACAGACAACAGCAAGCUACUGCUGCUCAGCGCAGUGGGCAGCGUGUUCUGCAGUGGCCUGGAUUACUCCUACCUACUCGGCCGACUGUCCAGCGACCGGCGGAAGGAGAGCACGCGGAUCGCCGAAGCCAUCAGGGACUUUGUGAAGGCUUUUAUCCAGUUUAAGAAGCCCAUCGUGGUGGCCAUCAAUGGGCCGGCCCUGGGCCUGGGCGCCUCCAUCCUGCCCCUCUGUGACAUCGUGUGGGCCAGUGAGAAGGCCUGGUUCCAGACACCGUAUGCCACCAUCCGCCUCACACCUGCUGGCUGCUCCUCCUACACCUUCCCUCAGAUCCUGGGCGUUGCACUGGCCAAUGAGAUGCUGUUCUGCGGGCGGAAGCUCACUGCCCAGGAGGCCUGCAGCAGGGGGCUGGUGUCCCAGGUCUUCUGGCCUACCACGUUCAGCCAGGAGGUCAUGCUGCGGGUCAAGGAGAUGGCAUCCUGCAGUGCUGUGGUGUUGGAAGAAUCCAAAUGCCUGGUUCGGAGCUUCUUGAAGUCGGUGCUUGAGGAUGUGAACGAGAAGGAAUGCCUCAUGCUCAAGCAGCUCUGGAGCUCCUCCAAGGGCCUGGAUUCCCUGUUCAGCUACCUGCAGGACAAAAUUUACGAAGUCUGAAGGGCCUUGGCUCCUCCGCCCCAGUGCCCACGAGCACCUGACUUCCAGCUCUGCCCUGUGUUUUGGAAAUCGGAGCAUGUGUCUGCCCCGGCCAAGGAGUUUGUCAAGGUGUCUUUAUGCCUAGGGUUGUGUCCAUUUUCUCGUUCCUUUGGUUCCUUCUCAUCGGUUUGAUUUUCUGUGUAACAGAUGGGAAACGCAGCAGACUUGGCCUCCCCCGUCCCUGCCCCACCUGGCCAGAGAGCUCACGAGGGCUGUAUCUUCCCAGGGCUCUGCCGGGCACCGCUGUCCUUGCCCCACUUGCUGAAAUACACCGUCAUGGUCCAGGGAGGGGAAGGCCACUUCCCCCCUCCUCCUGGCUCAGGCUGUGUCUACACAGUGCCUCUGAUUCGGAGACGUGGCUGUCAUGGCUUUUUCUGGUGACGUUUAGAUCAGGUGUCAGGGGACGGUCAGUCUUAGGGAAUUUCCAGGCCAAUGAACAAAACGGUGGUGUCCGCCCAGCUUCAGUCUCCUCUCUGAUGCAAACCUGCGUGACCCUUAGGGCUUGGUCUUAAAAACCCAAUUCGAGUGAUUUACAAACCCAGAUAUUGUACAUUUAGAAAUGUUUUGUUAAAUAUAUAUUUUUAAAAC